AUGGCUUCUCUACAGUUUUAUGACAUCCAGCUACAAUCGAAUCAAAUUAACAAUUUAGCUAGUGGUUUAUCUUCCAUUUAUGCAUCCAAAGUAUAUCCAUAUCCUCGAUGUUUGUGUAAAGCUAACUCUCAAUUAGUACCAGACGCGUACAUUAUUUCCAGAUGCCUGAACGCAAGCACUGGAAAUUAUUUCGAUAGAAUUAAUCCCGAUUCGCAUCCAGCUGCUUAUGCUAAUGAUGGCAAUUUGAAUACAUUUUGGCUUGCCGCUAAUGGGACAUCAAGUGCAAAUCUUACUCUAAACUUAUUCAAUACUACAACUAUAACCUCUUUAACUAUUCAUUCCGUCUACCUACCAACAACCGUAGUCGUUGAGAAACUUUCAGCAUCAACUGGCCAAUGGCAAAUUCUACAACUCUUUGCCGAUAAUUGCCAAUUACGAUAUUCACAAGGAAAUAAUUCAAAAUUAGAAACAAUCAAUUCAAUAAAUUGCAUAGAAUUCGAUGAAAUGAAUAAGCAGACAGCCAAUUUCACCUUUUGGGCAGCAGAAGGAAGACCAUUUACCAACGAUGUUCAGUCCAUCGCUCAAUUGACUAAUUUUAGAUCUUCGAAUAGCACUCGUUUUCAAUUUCAAUAUUCCAAUAAUCAAUCUCAGACGUACUUUGGUAUUAAAGAAGUCAUCGUCAAUAGUGGCAAUAGCUACGAUCCUAUUUUCGUUAAUAGUACGUUGUAUUACCAAAUUGAAGAAAAUUUGCCAAACAAUACUUUGAUUGGGAAAAUUAUGGCCUAUGAUCCCGAUCAUGCUAAAGUUUAUUUCACCGCAGUAAAGAAUGAUCCAACGGAUACAACAUUCGGUUAUUUUAACAUUGAUACCAAUGAUGGCAACAUAACUACCAUAAAUAAUAUCGAUUAUGAAACAAUUCCCUCUAAUCCUUACAUUUUCAACGUUACUGCUCAUGAUUAUGGGAUAGAUAAUAGUCGUACUCAAACAAAGCAAUUAAUUAUCACUAUUGCCAAUGUACCAGAGACACCACAAUUUGUCAAUAUUAAUGGAACUCCAACUCAAGGAUAUCAGUUUGAGGUUAAUAAAAAAGUUUCUGAAGGAAGCGCAAUUGCAGCAGUGCAUGCAGUUGAUCCAGAUGGCUCUGGCACAGCAAUAUGCCAUUAUGAUAGGCAAAUGUUACUAGGAAAAGUUAAUUUCGGAACAAUGAUCUAG